AUGUACCACUGGCACCCUUACCGACAUGAAGGGUGGGCGCUCUACAUCAUGCUGUUGUUCCCUAGGCUUAGAGGCACCCGAGGAUGGGAUGCCAGGACGCUCACGGUAGUGGAUCACCGCUACCUGAAAAGGCUGGACUGCGAAAGCAAGAACUGGACGACCUUUCGGCAUCUUCUGGAGGCAAGAAUCGAGGCUGGUGGUUUCCUUGGACGUGAUGCAGAAGUGCAGAUGCUGGCGGAGAGUCUUCUGAGCAACUCUGAGAAGGUGUUCCAUAGCCAAGAGCUGGCGCAGGAGUUCUGGUCGAUCUUGGUAGGAGAACGCAGGCACCCAUAUCCCCAGCACUGUUUUCCAGGCUAUCAGGCGGCGUGCUUGAUGCGGGUGCUGCAUUUGGCUGCGGAGGAGGGCGCGCUGGACCCUUUUGAUGAAAGGCAUGCGCAGGUGCGCCAUUUGCUGCAGUCCAAUGCGCAGUUUUGUGCAGGCUUGUUCGGCAAAGAGGCGGCCCUAGAGUUUUUGGGGUCUACGCGGUGGCCCGUGCAGCUGCUGGACUUCGAGAUUCACUUGCGCAACUCCACGGACUUGUCUGUCACCAAAAGAUAUGCCGAGAGCCUUCCCCAAGGUGUGGAAACCUUCAACCAGCUAAGGCGCCAUUGGCCAGAGCCAUUGUUCCUGGGGCCGGGAUCUGUGGAUCCGCAGGGCAUUUCGGCAGCAUGUGAGUCCUGCCGUGCCCGCGCUGGACUGCCAAGGGCCAUUCGCUUACUGUCGGUGGAUGGUGGGCACUGUGCACUGUGGCUGGAGCCUGCAGUGUCAUUCAAUGCGCUGUUCCCAGACAUGGUCAGCACUCAGCUUGCGACCUACAGGAGCGAUGACGCUUGUAGUUCCCUCAUGGGAGAUACGGCCUUCAAGCAAAUUGAGGUGUUCAGCCACCAGCAGUACUUUAGUGACAAUUCCCUGUUCCGCGCUGCCGACGUGCUGGUGGGGCAGUGGAUUGGGGAGUGCAGCAAGCUGCGAGUGCACUAUUCCAAGCCAGUGAUUGCAUACCUGGGCUUCCUUUUGUUGAAUGACCCGGUUGUUGGAAAGUACCAUUUUUGGAGUGAGCCCUUGCCGCACUUCUGGGAAAGGUACCGCACCAUGCAAAAUUGCGAUGUGCAUGCCAAAGGGCGUCAGCUGGACGGAGGGCCUCCUUGUGCCAUCGUGUUUGAAGAGCCACAGCUGGCAGAGGCCGCGUUUUGGCAAACAGGCUUUCGGAAUCCGAGCGUCAGACCACUUGCGCUGUAUGUUGGAGCUACACAUCACCCAGAGAAUGCAUCAAAGGAUGUCCUGGUCAUAAACCGUGCCCGGCUGCUUCGGGACAUGCACUUCACUGAUGCCUUGAAUGCCAUGAAGGCCUUUUCCUACCCGCAUGACUUCAUCAACCAGAGGAGACAGAUGCCAUUCGCAGAGAUGGCUACUUACAAGGCAGCGGUGAUGAUGCCCUGGGACUUGAACCUGGUGAUGUUUCAUGAUCUCUAUGCAAUGAACCUGCCUUUGUUCCUUCCAGAUCUUGCUGGACUUCACCGAGUGGCUGUCACGUACUUUGCGCGCUUCCGGAUGAACACUGCGCAUGAGGGGCAGCCCUUCAGUGAACGUGGCCCAUGGCCCUCGUCACCUCAUCCCUUCUCACCCUUUGAUUUGGAGUUCCUGGAGGCCAGGCAGUACUGGCUCCACUUCACCGAGUAUGUCCGUGCUCCGGCGGUACAGCAUUUUGCCAGUCUUCCAGAUCUUCUGCUGCAGGUCGUCGAAUUGGAUGGGGGUCUCAUCUCCAAACAGAUGCGGGCGCAGAACGCCGAGUGCUUUCGAGCAAGCCAGGACUUCUGGCUGGGUGUUUUCGGCGGUUUUCAGCUGGGACAAGGCCGAAGUGUCCCUGCACCCCUGGUGUUGCACUUUACAAACCCAUGGGCGGAGAACAUGUGCUGGCACGGUGGCAUGUCCGAGGAGAGGUGCUGCGACACCUCCCUUGGAGCAGAAGGGGAUGCUUUGUGCUUCGAUGACUUUUGGACCUUCCACCGCUGCUGCGUUCACAAUCUAACCCUUGCCUCUCUGGAUGAUGCAGCUUGCGGCACCAGUGGGCCCUAUGGCACCAUUCUAGAGUCUCCGCUGGAUGGGGUCCCGUGGGUCCAGGCGGUUCCUAGCCAGCAGGAGCCCUUUGUGUUUCUUUGGGAUGAGAAAUCUGGGGGCACUGCUUUCAUGCAGUGGCUCAAGUAUUCAGUUUGGAGUCUGGGGAAGCUCGAGUCCUCCUUUAUGUACACCUUGCCUGGGCAUCCAGUGGCGGUUGGCAGCCCGUUCUACUUAAAGACAGCCUCGCCCUUGCAGCGGUCCAACUUCCAGGUCUUGUCUGGACACUUUGACUGGCGCGUGAUGCACGAAGGCAUUGACUGUCAAAAGCGGAAGAAAGUGCGUUGCUUCCUUCUCGUGCGCGAUCCCAUUGAACGGUUCCUCUCCUACUAUGAAGAGAGAACCGACCGGCACUUCGCCAAGACUUUGGGCCGAAGCCCAGCUGGCUGGAGUGCAGCUGCCUGGCGGUUCUACCUCAAACGUGUGGCACGUGAGAGCUUGUGGUACAAUGGCGAGGAGACCGGCCUUUUCUGCAACAGGGAAAACAUGCUGUGCCUGGAUUUGGAGAAGACAUCCCACCACCCGUUGAUUCAUCGGGUUCGUCCUGACUCAGUGAAGGAACGCUUUUACUUCCGUUUCCUGGGUGGGCCCCAGAAUAGACUGACCUGGAUGCUUGACCCAGAAUUUGGCAAUGCCCAGAGAGCAAUUUGGCGAUUGCGUCGAUGUGUGGUGGGCUUGCAAACGGAGCACUUCCAGGGCUUCAAGCAGGUGCUUGCUUAUCAUUUUCCCUGGCUCUCCGAAGUGCCCAAGGAGAUGGGCGCCAGAACUUCCCAAAAGUCGAGAGGAUCACUGCUGCUGUCGUCCUUGCCCCACUUUGCUCGGAAACUCAUCGCUCGCUACAACAGCAAGGACAUGAUCGUCUACAGUGCCGCUAGGCGCCAGUUCCGGACCCAACUCCUGCGCAUCCGGCAAGCAGCGGGAGAGGCUCCAGGCAUGCCACCAAUCGCAAAUGUGACCCUCACAGAAGCAGCUGCUAUCGUGAACAAGGCUCUGUCACACACCGCUACGUUCCGCAACCACCAGAGGCUGUCGGAGUACCUCAUGCGUUGA